GUGGAAAUCCUAUGGGGGCAGUAUUCAAAAGGAGCUCGACGAGAGUGGAUCUCCAGCGCAUUAAAAAUAAUAUAAAAAUUUCGUUUAAGAAAAACGCGAAUCUCGACAAAAAAAAAAAACAUUUUAAAUUGUUAAUUGUAAUUGUGAAUUAAAUUGGGAACAUUCGGAGAUUUAUUUGGGAAUUAUGUCGCGAAACUUCUAUAUUCAUUUCUCUAAAUUGGUUAUAAUGCACUUUAAAUUGGUACUUGCCCGCGAACUAAUUGCACCAGAUUUCUUUUCUGUUAAAGUUUACAAAGGAAGAGAAUUGAACGUUUCCCAAAAAACAAAAUGGAUUUUUCGCGGAGGUUGACAAUUUUGCGGUUAAAGCUGACGCGAUCGAAUGAAAAUCAUAGAUCACUAUUUUGGAUUGGAUGCUGCCCACCCCUUUUUUCGAUUCUACGAAAUUUAAAUCGAUUUCUGUAUUCGAUUGAUGGAAGCAAUAUUUGGUUAUCGACUAUCGCAUGACGUCCAUCCCUAGCUCUCUGGCAGUUACAUAUUUAAAAAACAUCAACUGAAAUGAACACGUCUGAUGAUGAAGUUCCAGCAAUUGAUGAAAACUUCCGCAAGAAACUGUUGUCACGGAAAUCCAUGGACGCCAUUUGCACGGCCAGCACGGGACAGAAGUUGGACGACAAAGUGGCCAAGUGGCUGUCUCUUAAAGUUAAAGAGAAAUUGGAAAACUUGUUGAAUGAAGCGGGAAAGCUUGCACGGCGCAGCCGUGAUUCAAAAAUUAAAGUAUCCCACCUCCAAUAUGCUGUCCGAAUAGAUGAAAACCUGCCUGCCAAUAUUUUAUUUCAACUUGUGCCCGUGGGCAGGAAUAUGCCAAUGCCUAAGAAGUCUAAGCCGGGCACGCGAGGAAAUCCAUUACCGGCUGUGGAAGCUAUUCCUCCGAAUAACAGCCGUGCAAUCUCCUCUGUGGAUCAGCCUGCGCAGAUUACUCCUUCUAUAGCCGGCUGGCUAUAUAAAGAGCAGGUGCUCCUUAAGCCCUAUCAACGCUAUCCAUUGACAAGGGAACAGCAGUGCUUCUACGAGAUGAUCACAGAGAACAGCGUGGGCCUUUCGGAAUCCCGCCGACACCGGGCACUCCACACCAUGUCCUUGGACCCAUCGGUGGAGGUGCUCCUGCCCAGGCUGAGCAGGUUCAUCGCAGAUUCCACCGCUGUCAAUAUAGUUCAGAGAAACAUGCCCAUGCUCCUCUAUACGAUGCGAAUGGUGCGGGCUCUUCUUGGGAAUUCGCGUAUUAGUUUAUACAAAUACCUCCACUUGAUCCUUCCGGCUGUUCUCUCCUGUCUGUUGGCCAAAGAGCUCAGUCGCGGAUCGGAGGAACAUUGGGCUCUAAGGGAGUACUCCGGCAAUAUUAUGGCCGAGAUCGUACGCCACUUCAAGUCGACUGAUAGCAGUAUCCUUUCUAGAGUUGUUUCUAUCUACAAGCAGGCGCUUACCAUGAAACCACUAACCACGGUGUUUGGAGCAGUGAUUGGUUUUGGUAAGAUGGGUAACUAUGCAGUGCGUGCUUGCAUUGUGCCUCAGAUAGCCUACUUGGCAGAACGCAUUGAGCCCCACUUGGCGACCAGCGCCGACAACGCCAGUUCGAAGCUGGACAAGCAGGCCUCCAAGUAUAUCCGACAUCGCUUGGUGAAGGUAUGCACGCCAGUGCUGAAGAACUUACGCAGUGCCCCUGAUGUGGCAGAGGAAUACGUAGCUGCUUACGGUUCCCUGGGAGAGUCGUUGUGCCAUGCCGUUAUUGUGGCGCGAAUUAAGGAUAUGACUGCUAAAGCCACAAAAUCCGAGGGAGGAGCCAAGGUGGCCAAGUCUAAGUCUUCACAUUCUCAUAAAAAUUCAAAAGGCAACGCUGGGAAGCGUAAUGGUAUUCGUCGAACGCAAAAUUCCAUACCACCGGCACCGCGUCCUCGGCCUAUUCCCAUAAAGGCAAUGAAUGGAACGUUCCCGCCGAGGGUCUUGUGCUUUCCAAAUGGUCACAAGCAGUUACUUACGUACAAACAAAUACCACAGUUUAGAAACGGUUUGGUUCCACAAGCGAUUCAUCCAAUACCGGUUACCAACGGAAUAGACCUAAAUCAAAACAAGAUGACUAUUUUGCAGCCCAUCAAAGACCGGUACGCGGUCAUACCUAUUGGGUGUCAUAAUGGCAGAAAUCCAUUAAACUACCCCGUAAAAUAACGAUUUAAGCGAGAAUAAAAUUACUUUCUCACGGUAAAAAGUCCUAGUUAACUAGUCAAGGUAAAUUAAUAAGUAGAAGGUAAUUUAAGUACAGAAUAAGGUAAAUACAUUAAAGGUAAAUCGAACAAAUAAACUAGAAUAAGUUUUUAAAAA